GCAGCAGCAGCAGCAGCAGCAGAGGCAGAGCCGGCUUAGUGAGCAAGUCUGUGUCAGGAGGGUUCAGUGUCUGCAGCAGCGCAGCUCCCACCACAGUCUCUGAGCAUCUCCAGCAGCGCAGUGUCACUGUUCUGCUCUGCUCUGCACUCCUCUUCUCUUCUCUGGGCAGGUAUCCUAAAAGAAAAUCAGUAUGGAUUUAUACGAUCCUCAGACUUUAGGAGUAAUGGUAUUUGGAGGUUUCAUGGUUAUAUCGGCCAUUGGUAUUGUCCUUGUGUCUACCUUUUCUAUGAAAGAGACCUCAUAUGAAGAAGCUCUGGCCAAGCAACGCAAAGAGCUGGAAAAGAGCCUAUUACCAAAAGUUGAUAAAAAGAAAAAAGAUAAGCUGCCUGAAAAAAAAGGAAAAUCUAAGAAGAAGGAAGACAAACCCAAUGGAAAGUUACCUGAACAUGAACCAGCAGUGGAUUCCAACGAGCAGAAAAAAGUUGAAUUGGAACCUGUAGUUGUAGUAGAGGCAGUAAAGGUUCAGGUAACUCCUAUAGCACCAGUUGUGACCCCACCACCAGUAAAGGCUGCACCUUCCCCUAAAGACAAAAAGAAAAAGCAAGAGAAGAAAGUCCAAAAGGUUGAACCAUCUCAGGCUCCAGUGCUGGCUGUGACCAAGCCGGUUUCGAAGCAAGUUCCAGUUUUGGAAGUUGCAGCAAAAGAAGUGCCUGUAGUAGCAGUUCCUCCUGUUGGAUCUCGGCCAAGCCCACCAGUCACUAGCUCACAUCCUCCUAAAAAAGUUGAAGCUGUUGUGAACCACGAUGAUCAUAAAAAUGAGGCAGCUCCAAAGAAGAAGAAUGUGCCAAAGAAGAAAGCUGAGCCAGUUUCUAGUGAGCUGGAUGGCGCUCUCUUCCUCCCAUACAAGACGCUUGUUUCCACCAUCAGCAGCAUGGCUUUCAGCGAAGGAGAAGCACAGAAGCUUAUUGAAAUACUAUCUGAGAAAAAUGGCAUCAAGCAGGACAAAUGGCACACAGCCACUCAGAAGGGAGAUCCAGUUACAGCACUGAAACGGCAGCUGGAAGAGAAAGAGAAAUUACUGUCAGCGGAGCACGAAGAUGCAGCGGCUGCUAAAAAUAGAUUACGUGAAAUUAAUAAGGAAUUGACAGCUGAGAAAGCCAAGGUGAACAGCGUUGAAUCCAAACUCAAGGAGCAGAUACUGUCCCGGGACCAGGAGAUUAAUGCUUUGCAAGCCCGAAUGCAGGCCAGUUACAAGGAUCAUGUGACUGAGAUCCAGCAGCUACAAGGAAAGAUUCGGACUCUUCAAGAUGAGCUUGAAAAUGGCCCCAAAGCGCAGCUUGCUCGUCUGCAGCAGGAGAAUUCUAUUCUAAGGGAUGCCCUAAACCAGGCAACCAGCCAAACUGAGAGCAAGCAGAAUGCUGAACUAGCUAAGCUUCGUCAGGAAUGCAGCAAACUAUCCAAAGAGCUCACUGAAAAGUCAGAAACUCUGCAGCAAGAAGAGCAACGGCGAAAGAAUCUGGAUGGAAAAAUCUCUGGGUAUGAGAAGCAGGUUUCCCAACUACAGAGUUUGCAACAGGAGAGUGAAACUACAUUACAGAAACGAUUGGAUGAGAUGAGUGAAGAACUGCGCAGGUCACAGACCAGUUACAAAACCCUCAUUGCAGAUACAGAAAAGGCCAAAGGAGAGCAGAAGAGCUUGGCAGAUCUUCAGACUAAACUGAUGUCUUAUGAAGCAGAAGGCAAGCAGAGAUCAGAGGAGUUAGACAGACUAAACCAAAAGCUUCAAGAGGCCACAGGUGAAAACACACAACUGUUGGAUAGAAUAAAAUCCAUUGAAGCUUUGCUGGAAGCAGGACAAAGCAAAGACACAGAAAAAGAGAAGCAGCAGCAGGAAAGUAAAGAAGCAGAAUAUGCAGAGCUACAUUCCAGGCUUCAAGACAAAGAGGCUCAGAUUUCCUUAAUGGAAAAAGAAGUCACUGAGCUAAAAGAAACAAUUGAACAGCAGAAAAAUAAAAAUAAUGAACUACGAGAGAAAAAUUGGCAGGCUAUGGAUGCACUGGGUCAGGUAGAAAAAACUUCUGAAGAAAAACUAAACUCGGAGAGGAAAGCAAAGGAUGACCUGUCACAAAAGCUCACUGGGGUUCAGUCUCAGACGCAAGAAACAUUGAUGACCCUGUUCCCACAGGUCACUGUAGAGUCACACCAGUUAUACAGUGAAUGGCUGCAGGAGUUCAGGGAGAAGUCAUCAGACCUACUGAAACAGCUAAGUCAGCAGUCAGAUCAAACAGACUCUUCAGAAUCAUUACUUAAAUUAAAAGAAGCAGAAGCAGCACAGGCCUCUUUGCAGGCGGAAUGUGACCAGUAUAGGACCAUUCUUGCCGAGACGGAAGGAAUGCUGAAAGACCUGCAGAAGAGUGUUGAAGAAGAAGAGCAGGUGUGGAAAGCAAAGCUAGAAGCAUCUGAGGAAGAGCUCAGUAAGUCACACAUCCAAGUGAAGUCUCUAGAAGAAAAAGUGGAAAGGCUGAAAGCAGACCUCCAAACUACAGACCAGCUGAAGGAAUGCAUUGCUCUAAUGGAAGCCCAGCUGGAGACACAGAUGAACACAUCUAGCACAGAGUGUCAGACCUACUCUCAGGAGGUGGAGAGUCUGAGACAGCUUUUGUCAGAAUCGCAGGAACACAUGGAAUCUACGAAAGCAGAAGCAAGAAAACAAAGCAAAGAGCUUUCUUUGCUCAGACAGCAGCUAAGUGAAAUGCAGAAUCAUGUGCACGACAGAGAGACGCACAGCGCACAAGAUCAGCAGCUGAAGGUUCCACAACCAAGUUUCGAGGAACAGAUUGAACAACACAAUAUAGCAGAACAACUGGAAGAGGAGCAGAAAUCCAUGUACAGUUUGCAGCAAGAGUUGGAGAAACUGAAAACCGCAGAAGACACCCCAAGUGGCACAGAGGAAGCUCAGCAGAUGAAGGAGAGACUUGACAAGGAAAAAAAACUAACACGGGACUUAGGUCAAGCAGCUAACAAACUGUUACAGCUCUUGAAGGCUUCUAAGGAACAACUAACUAAGGAAAGAGAGCAAAAUAAACUGCUACAAAACCGACUCCAAGUGACGGAACAAGAAGCCAAUGUCGAUGGUGGAACAUCUGUUUGAUUCAUUUGGAUUGGUUUUUUUUAAUUAUUUUUUAACCAAAAUGCCUUAAACAUUCCUUUUCUUGAAAGAUUCAAUAGUAAUAUUUUAGUGAACCAAUAUACGUCAACAGAUAAUGUUUUCAAUAAAAUAAUAUACAUUAUUUUUGUUAAGCUAAACAAAAUACAUUCCAUGAUAAAACCACUGACUGUGUCAGUAUGCCAUACCCACACAUCUACCUUCCAGACUGACAGACAAUGAAGAGAUCAUUGGGGUUAUGAAAAGGGACAAACUGUAUGAAUCCGUGCAAUUCCUUUAUUGUUUUUAUUUUGGAAUGAGCCUAUGUAUGAAAGAAUCUGAACGAGGCAGUAAAGAUGAUGAAAAUGCAUUCUUAUAACUGGUCUCCAGUAUAAAAUCAUGUGCAUUAUUGGUUGCCUAAAAGCCAUUAAAAUAUUGAUGUAGCCAUGAAAAAA